AUGAACUGGACUGGGGGCCAAUUACGUCGCCAUUCCGAUCGCAAGGGAAUCCUCUCUCAAACUCAGAGACAAAACUUUGCCAAGUCCCGCCAACGUGCCAAUGACCGAGAGUCUCGCCAGCCUAUUUCCUUCCCGGGCUUUCUUAAUCUGAGGGACGAGCUCAUAAUAGACGAGGGCAUCCAAGUGGUCGAGGAAAAGCAAGACAACUCCAGUCCACCGCUCAACACUCCUCUUCACAACCCCUCCAAGCACCGGUUUCUGCAAAUUCCCGACUGGGCUGCUGUGUCUUUGUCCCGCCCACUUAACAUCAAAUUCACCCCGGUCGAGGAAUUCGAACGGUUUGGCAAACGCCGUAAACUAAACGACGUUGACCGCCAGCGUCUGUCCACUGCCGACGGAAGACUGAUCCAAGCCCUCUUUCGUUCCCGUAGGAAUGCUCGACAGUUUUCUUCUGAACGAGAUGCAUUUGCAUCAGACCAGAUCCAGAUACAAAUUGAUUGCCAGCCGACCGAUCUGCACCAACAGUCCAAUAUCAGUCCUGAAAUAACGCCAAGCCAUCGAUCAUCGCAGUCCAUUAUUCUCGGCCAGAGUAUUCCCGCAGUGCCCCAUUCUUCUUCCCAUUAUCAUCAACAGGUCAAACCAAAAACCGUAUGGCAAGGACUCAGUAGUCUUCGCUCCGGCUUCGAUUGCCCUGCCAAUGCCUCAAGGGCCCCCUCGACAAUUCCAGAAACAAUCAUACUACAAGAUGAUAUGGAAUUCACAACUCCAUCCGGGGUCACUAGCCGAGAUCGACAAUUUCACAAUAUCAACAGCCAACAUACAAAAUCAACUCAGCGAAUCAGGCAGACUCUCACCCCUCCCAGACCAACCAAUCCGAAUCUACCAAGACAUUUCGCCAUCGACGACCAAGUGCUCACGGAGCAAAGAGAUCAGGAUAGCUACUUGAAUACUAAUCAGCACGAUAUUUCCAGAUCACCAAGUCUCGUGUCGACCUUGAUCGCGUUCCCUCUAAAUGAGGCUCGGAUACACUCGACUCAGAAUGCCUCAAGCUGGCGACCGGAGCCUCGUCUUAUGGACACUCCAAUUACAAACCAUCCAUCCCACGAUACUGAUUUUGAAGGUCCUCCCGAACCUAAAGGAGUGAGAGUAUUUGGCCAACUUUUCCGUAUGAACACAGAUGCUGGAAUUAGCAUGUUCUAG